GGGGCCGGGCCGGGACCGGCCGAGAGCGGGUCCAUGGGCCGAGUCCUGCCGCGCUGCGGGGCGGCGCUGUGCCUGCUGCUGCUGCUGGGGGCUGUAGCCCUACGGGGGGGCCACUCCCGCCUGCACUCCAGGCGCAUAUUGGACACGGUGGUGUCGGAGUCCAGCCCGGGGCUGCCCUGGUUCAGCCGUGUUGUGUAUGCGGACGAUCAAGUCAUCUUGUACUACACCAGCGAGAUGCAGAGGGUGGAGCCUCGCCCAGUGUGGAUGGCACAGAACAAGGAUCUGGAGUUCUGGAACGAGAUGACAUGGUGGGCACAGCGCCACCAGAAAUGGUACAACGGGAGUCUGAACACCCUGGGUCAGCUCUACAACCGGACCGAGGGGUUUCACAUUAUCCAGACAAUAUUCGGCUGUGAUCUCCGGGAAGACAACACCACUCAGGGGUUUUAUCAGGAUUCGUAUGACGGACGAGACUUUCUUACCUUCGAUAAGGAGACCAUGACAUGGGUAGCAGCAGAUAUUGGGGCUCAGAUCACCAAGAGGAGAUGGGAUGCUGAAGUGUUUGACAACCAGUACUGGAAACUCUACCGGGAGGAGAAAUGUAUUUCCUGGCUAAGGAGUUCUCUAGAGUACGGGAAGGAGACUCUGCAGAGGAAAGUGCGCCCAACAGCUAGAGUGAGUGACAGGUCAUCUCAUGACGGCCUCACCACCCUCUCUUGUAAGGUCAGUGAGUUCUACCCCCGGGACAUCACCGUGACCUGGCUGAGAAAUGGAGAGAGCAGAGAGCAGGAGACCUACUCUGAAGGCAUCCUACCCAGUGGGGACGGGACCUACCAGACCUGGGUGACAAUGGAGAUUGAUCCCAAGAUCAAGGCCCAUUAUUCAUGUCACGUGGAACAUGAAAGCCUGUUAGAGCCACUCUCUGUCCCCUGGGAACCAAAUAACAAGCAGAUUUGCACUGUGGCUGGAGUUAUCACUGCAGUUGUCCUGAUGGGUGGUAUAAUCGGAGUAGUCGUCUGGAAAAAGAGAUGCCCAGGUAAAGAGCCUGGGAUGGGGAGGAUUCCCUGGACUUGCUGGGCCCUGCACACCCGCCUAAGGACAACAGCAGUACAGGAGCCAGUGAAUGGAGAUGGCUACGCUGUAGCCCAGGAUAAGUGA